GGAGGAGGGUCGGUAGAAUUCGCUUCGUUGUCGUCUAGAUUUUAUGUGAUUAGUGUCGAACUUGAUUUAAAUGGAUUGGAUUAAGUGAUACUGGUGGUGCUUAAACUGUUUACUUUACCCUUCAAGAGUAUUGUUCGCGGCGCUGCUGAUUACAUUCCGACCGCUCCCAGUGCGUAAAGUACGUACGUCAGUAACCAAGUAUUUUUCAUGCCGUUUGUACUACUUGCUUGUAGUAGGGGCCGUGUGAUAGUAAAAGCUGUUGGAAAGUGCAUUCAUAGAAGUACUUGAUGCUGUAAACACCUAUCUCACGUUCCAUUUAGUGCAGAGCAGUAUGCGUUGAUAGUGGUCCUUACGAUUUCGAAGUUUGUAGCCAUUUUCGGUGUGUGCUCAAUCUGUGAUAUUUACCUGUUUGAUUUGUAAUAAAAGUGGCUAUAGUGAGGAUUUUUCCCGGAGACAACAAUCCGUCAAUCGCAGUAUUAUCGAAAGUGUCGCAUGAUGUUAUUAUUUCUUAAUACAUUAACGGGAAAUUAGGCAAUCGAGUGGGAAGUAUAGACAUGAUAAAGGCACAAAAGCAGCAAUGGACGGCGUGAAGAAAUUACACUCGGGAACGCUGUAUCGUAACGGUCCGGUAGAGGGCGCGUAUGGUUCUCAGCACAGCCCCGUGUCCCGCUCAGACGCUUCCACUGAGGACGCGGAGCUAUCAGCCGCGCUCGCUCACCAGCAUCAUCUCGCUAUGCAGGCUGGAGAGUAUCAAGUGUCGGGCGUGGAGCCUGACUACGGACAGUACGUGUCUUCCCCGGCGGCACAUUACAAUCACAUGGGACAUCUCACUAUGGCGCCCUCGCAGAAAUACCCACAUGUGAUGGACUCAGUGUCAGUGUCUGGGGGCGUGUACGGUACGGCUUCUGGCGCACACUACGGUACGUACGCGCACUAUGGCGCUGCUUACCCCGCGCAGCCAGCGUACCUCGUCGAGCCGGGGACACAAGUGCCCGCCUACAUGGCACAGGAGUAUGUAGAAGGUGGAGGAAGUGCUUCCCCACGCAGUGCUUCGCCAGGUGCAAUACCGCCGCAGCAUAACCUGCAUCUACAGCAGAGAUACGAUUCUGCGUCGCUGGAGCAGCUGGGGCGGCACUACUGCGUGACGUCACCGCGCGGCGAGUACGCCGGGGACGCGUACGGGUACCAGCACUACCCCGCCACUUACGAGCCCGCGCACCACCAACAGGGACAGUUCAAAGACUCUCAGAAUGGAUUAAGUCUGGGCAGUACCGGCGGUCAGUCAAUGUAUGGAGAUGAAGAUGAAUUGCAAAAGCAAAUGGCAGGAAUGGCGUUAGUGCAUCCCGGUGUGGGAGGGCGCGAGGACGGCGGAGGGUUGCAGUGGCGAGACCCCAACCUGCCGGAGGUGAUCGGCUUCCUCAACUCACCCUCGGAUGUGGUGAAGGCCAAUGCUGCAGCUUAUCUGCAGCAUCUCACCUACAUGGACGAUCCUAAUAAACAGAAGACUAGGAGCUUGGGUGGCAUUCCUCCCCUAGUCCGGCUGGUGUCCCACGAGAGCGCGGAAGUGUGCCGCAAUGCUUGCGGUGCUCUGCGCAACCUGUCUUACGGCAGACAGAAUGAUGAGAACAAGCGUGCCAUCAGAGACGCUGGUGGCAUACCUGCGCUUAUGGCACUGCUCUGCCGCACCAAUGAUAUUGAGGUGAAGGAAUUAGUGACGGGUGUGAUCUGGAACAUGUCGUCGUGCGAGGAUCUGAAGCAGUCGAUCAUCGAUGAUGCGGCGCAGGUGAUCGUCAACAAGGUGAUCAUCCCGCAGUCAGGCUGGCACCCCACCAACCCUGGAGACACUUAUUGGUCUACUGUGUUCCGUAACGCGAGCGGCGUGCUGCGCAACGCGUCGUCAGCGGGCGAGUACGCGCGGCGGCGGCUGCGCGCGCUGCCCGGCCUGGCGGAGGCGCUGCUGCACACUGUGCGCGUCUCACUGCGCGCCAACUCCAUCGGCACCAAGGUCGUCGAGAACUGCGUCUGUGUACUGCGCAACCUCUCAUACAGGUGUCAAGAAAUAGAAGAUCCGUUGUACGACACGCGCGCGCCGCCGACACAGUCCUCGGGGCAAGCCAGGAUACAAGCUAGCGCGUCUAAAGGCGAGAAUCUAGGUUGCUUCGGCGGCAGUAAAAAGAAGAAGGAAGGAUCAUCCUCCUCCAAUUCCACCAGCCCUCUCGGCAAGAGCGACCCCGACUCCCAGCCGUUGGGGGAGACAGGCUCCAACACACAGCUGGGAUACAGCGUGCCCAAAGGGACCGAGAUGUUGUGGUCACCUGAAGUGGUGCCGCUGUACAUGGCGCUGCUGCAGUCGUGCUCCAACCCGGAGACGCUGGAGGCGGCGGCGGGCGCGCUGCAGAACCUCGCCGCCUGCUACUGGCAGCCCUCCAUUGACAUACGCGCCGCAGUGCGCAAGGAGAAAGGGUUGCCGAUCCUAGUGGAACUGCUGCGUAUGGAGGUGGACCGCGUGGUGUGCGCGGUGGCGACUGCGCUGCGCAACCUGGCCAUAGACCAGCGCAACAAGGAGCUCAUCGGCAAGUACGCCAUGCGGGACCUGGUGCAGAAGCUGCCCAGCGGCAACCAGCAGCAUGACCAGGGCACGUCUGACGACACGAUAGCAGCAGUGCUGGCGACACUGAACGAGGUGAUCAAGAAGAGCGGCGAGUUCUCCCGCUCUCUGCUGGAGGCUGGCGGUGUGGAGCGUCUGCUGGCACUCACCAAGCAGCGCCACCGACACACGCCUAGAGUGCUCAAGUUUGCAGGUCAGGUGCUGAUGACGAUGUGGUCGCACGCGGAGCUGCGCGAGGUGUACCGCAAGCAUGGGUGGCGCGAGGCUGACUUCCUCACGCCCGCGCGCGCCGCACAGCCGCGACAGAACAACUCCAGCGGUCAGGGCACGCCGGCGGGCUCUGUGGGCGCGCCGCACUCGCCCAGCAACGCCAACAGCACGCUCAGCCGACCCAUGGCCUCCACUGGCGGCACGCGCUACGAGGACCGCACCAUACGUCGCCAUAGAGAGAACGAUGAGAUGCCAACAAUGGACGUGAACAACUACCAAGACGGCCUGGGCAUGGGCAACCCCAACGGGCGGCCCAUGAACCUGCAGGGCGUGCAGGCGCAGAUGCCCAUGCCGCCCAGCAGCCGCUAGCCUGCUCCCCCACCUCCUCCACCUCCUCCUCCUGGUGAGCCUCCGCGCCUCCACUAUACACCACACCAGGUUCACAUCCUUCGGGCAAAUCUCUUAUCUACUACUGAUGGGCAAAAUAACCAUACUUUAUGACUCGUUUGAAUUGAUUUUUUCAAUAAUUCUGUAACUAUUUUUUUUUUAAAUUGAAAAUUUUCGAACGUAAAUGUCUUGUCAUCGUGACAGCUGUCAACUUGACAUGUGUUCUUGUAUUAUCUGUGAUUUUUACCACAGACAUUUUAUUGAUUUAUUAAAUCUUGUACAUUCCCUGGGUUUUUCGGCAAACGUUUGUCAUCAAAUUUUAAACAUUUUGUCCAUCAGUAAUCUGUUUUAUUUGAUACUUUUCAGCAAUUUGAAGCAUUUAUUUACUUGCUAAUAAACUUACUCUGUGCUUACUAUAAACAUUAUAUAAUAAUAAUUAAUUCACGGAGUCAAUAUAGUAUAGUUAUGUAAUAUUUAGGGAGUUCUUGUAUUCUUAAGCUGUGAGUUUCCACUGAACACUUGUAUGAAAACAUAGACAAAGACGUAGAUAAUAAGAAGACUCUUAAAUGGACAGUCUGUGUUUCAAUACAAGUAUUGUGACAAUGGAACUUCAUGGUAAACGUGUUGCCAAUUACAGUCUGCUUAAAAACUAUACAAUUUACGACUGUUAAUUAUAAAAAAGUAUGUAUCAAUUUCGAAUAACAUUUUCAUUAAUAGUACGUAAAAUUUGUUAUCAAGUUGUAUUUCAAAUAAUUAACUGCUGUAAUUUGUAUGUACCCAAUAAAAUGGCCUAUAAUAUACGAAUGCAUAUUAACUUCUGAUCGCACAAUGUUCGUUAAAAAUAUAUCUUGUAUCUUGUAUCACCCUGUGUAGCGUUUACUUUGUAAAAUAAAGACAAAGUCAAUUCCCCAUGUAUAUAAUCGUGCCAUUGUAUUCUUUGCGUGUUUCCACUGUUGAUACACUUGUUUGAAAACAAUACGAGUGUCACGGCAGUGAAAUUUCAAGGUCAAAUGUGUUGUAGAAUAUUUCGAGGCUCACCGAAUUUACGAAAAUACUUCUUAUAUCUUAAACUGUAAGGUUCAUUAUUCAUUGAUACGUAUAUGCCCAUUAAUCUCCAUUUUUACUAUUCCAAGUUUGAAUAAUUGUUAAUUAAUUUAUGAAUGACCUAGUUGUAGCACGCUGUCCUAUUCGAGCGCAAAUCUAUAAAGAUUUCCUGAAUAGGUCUCAUAGGAUUAUACAAUUUUGUAAUAUUUUGUAUCCAUUCCACGGCCCUCUAAUUGUAUUAUAGGUGUCUAUUGUCCUUUAUAUAUCUUAAGGAAUAUCCGUCUUAUGUAUAUAGAUAUAAGAUUCAUUAUGCGACACAUUUUUAUCGCCUUAUUACUUGACAGUCGGGAAACAGCUGCCAGCUAUAGUAAAGAAUGGGACAUUUGUCAUUAUAACCAUUUUAAUUGAAAAAAAAAUAUUGUAACCAAUUCUCUAAAUUAAAAAAAAACCUCGGGAAGUCAUAUCUUGUUGUCUUUGUUUAUUCCACAGAGAUUGUAAAGGAUGGCAAUAUUAAAGGAAGUUUCAGUGCAGAGUAAAAUACAAGAUCAUAGUUCUCUUGUUGCAAAUUCUUUGACAAAUUUCCUAUUCUUUACAUUAUAUGAAUGUAAUUGCAUGUAAAAAAAAACUUGAUUUUACAUUAUACGUCAUGUUUGUGAUUUUAAAUGUUAGUAACCAACAAAUUUGUGUUUUAAUUAUUUACACAGAACAGUGGGAUUUAAUUGUUUAAUAAAACAAAAAAUUGAAUUUCCUGAAUAUUUUCAUACCAUACCAAAUUUUUUAGUUGUGACAUAACUUUAAUUACAAGUAAUUUUUUUUUAAUAAAUUUCUUAAUUUUUCGUAUACAGUUAAGUCCCACUAUAUUAUUGAGUUUUUACUUCAAGUUAGAGGAAAGUUUAAGAAACAAUGGUGUUUUUAAAGUUACGUGGUCGACAUUUGUAGCGACUACCCUGCUCCUAACAAAGACAUUUAUUUCCUAUAUUUUUCCUACAGAAUUGGUUCAAAUUUUAACAGAAUGUUAAAAAAUCAAUUCUUUAGUUAAAAAAUUACCCGAAAACAAAGGAAUUUUUUUCCCGAAUUUAUAAUUUUUCCCAUGUGAAGUCUUGUAGCCUAUAUAACUGGACCGAUUUUGAGGAGUAAGUCAGAUGUGAUUUCUGGAUUUUAAAGUGAUUUUUUAUUAAUUUUUAUUAUAUUAGAGUGAAAACCAAACGCCAUUGUUUUUUAAAUGACUAUAGAAUGAUCUCGAUGUAAUCAAUAAAAUGUUUGUGAGUGUCGGCAGCUUUAACAAUUAUAUUAUUUGCUCGAUUACCCUCCGUGAACUUGUGUACACAUUGACGGAUCCCAGGGGGUCAUCCCAGGGGGACAUGAUAAGUUAAAAUGAAAUAAACAUUUUGAAUAUUUAACUAGCAUAUCUUAUUUUGAUUUAAAUCACAGAAAUAAUGUGGUUUUAAAUUUUUCAUAAUCCCUAUUUUGGGCGUGUCGACCCCCUAAAUAUUCCCAGAUCCGCCAUUGUUACUCGUAGGAUAAUAUUUAGUAUUGUAAUUAUUUAUUUAUCGACCAUAUGAUAUCAAUAUUAGGUAGGCAAUAAGUGAUAAGGGUUUUUGUGAUGUUCGUUUUUUGGAUAUAUUUUUAUGCACAAUGAAUGCAUUUUUCAAUACGUCCGCGUCAGGCCCGGACUGAGCAUCGACUGAGCAACCUGGUACAAAACUACCCUCAUCCAGUGCAUUAUAUUGAUUUUUAAGUAUUUUGUAAGUUUUUUGUAUAUUUUUUAAUAAAACAAGACAAAUGUAAGGUAACAAACAGUUUGAUGUCGCUUGCCAGCCAAUGUCGCUUCUAUGAAGUGAUGUUUUCAUUAUUUCCACUUUAUAACCUAAAAGCUGUUUAGUUAAGUAUACUUAAGUGUAUUUAAUCGUGUUUAACUCUACAUUUAUGGUUGCGUUACGUGAAUUAUUAGACAAUGUAGGAACUAUUAGAGUUUUUUUUACAUAGCAUUAUAUACCAUGUUCUAAACUUGUAUAGUUGCAGUUUAACCGUGGGUUUUUAUUGCUCGUCAUUACAAUGUUUUAUACAGAUGUUAAUGUAGUGAAAGCCCACGGUUAUGUUCGUAUCUCGUCAUUUAUCUUCCAUUUCACAGAUCUCUAAAAUUUCGAAGUAAUUAUUAAGUCAUCGUAGUGACAUCUAUGGGGAUCUAUACUCUAGUGUUAUGCCACGGUUUUAAAAAAUAUAUUAAUAUCUAUGGUCAACCAUAGAUUAUAGAGUUGUUGGAACGGUAAUACUCGAUUAUUUAUAUUUUAUUUAAAAAUUUUAUGAU